AUGAAACACUAUAAGCUCGAUUUGAACGAAGAAGAUGUGAAAGACACUGAACAAAGACCCUUUACUGUCAGUGCAGACACAGCCUUGUUUAUGUUGCGUGGGGAUCUCGCUAUACUUCCCCUUCUCCCUCGCCUUUUAUUGCUUCUUUUCCUGCUGUGGCACUCACAGAACGCAAAGGAUACCAGCCUCCUCUUAUGCGCCUGUCUGAAAGUCCCCAAAUCGUUCCAAUCCAACGUCAUACGCUACGACGCCAUGGCGUUCCGUGAGGCUGAUACGAUGUGCCGCAUCUGGAUAGGCAAGCUGGAUCAGCAUGUCGCAGAAUACGCAGAUGAGCUGGCAGCGGAAUACUUUGCCCAGACCUGA